GUCCGGUCUGAGGUUUCCGGAACCCGGCGCGAAAAAAUAAAUUCAACAGGAAAACAGAAGUCGUGAGAAGGAACCGUCCCCCUUUCUUUUUUUUUUCGGAUAAACUACUUUUAAUUAAUUUACUCCUUAUAUAUAUUACAUCUAACGGUGUCGGUUUCUCACUCUUUAUAACCCGUAUUGUCAACUAAGAAGUGAUCCAUUUUUCAAGCAAAGGUUGUUUGGAGACAUGAAUCCAGAAGACGUGGUUAUCAUUCUCAGUGAUGAUGAUGAUGUGUCCAUCAACGACUCGGUCUGCAUCGUCGAAGACAUCCAGAACCACGUAUACCCAGUAGAUCCGUCUAACUGCAGCAGGUCACAUGAUCCUGAAGGAGAAGAGGACCUGGUCGUUACCUUCUGUCAGAGAGGAGAGGUGCUGCCUCACGCACGCUAUGAUUGUACCGCACACACCUUCACACCAACAGACAGUGAUGUAGGAGGACCAAUAGAAUCCAACCAGCUCUUCUGUCACCAGUGCUUCUGUUACGUCUGUGACAAGGUUGCCUCGGAGUGUUCUGUGUGGACUGUGUCAGGAGUGUGCCACUGCAACGCCCAUAAGAGGAGUGUGUUCUGGAGCAACAAGAGAGACAAGGUGGUUCUGGGAUACCUUCAGAUGUUUAACUUCAACCUGCUGGAGAUCGACAGCGACCUCCGACUGGCAGAGUCCUUACUGCUGCAGUUGGAGGAGGAGUUGUCCAAGGAGUACGCCUCCUUCCAGAGGGGCGUGGCUGUGAGGGGAUUGGCUGUCCAAUGUGCCUGUCACUGCCACACAGCCAAUCGUUUGGAAUGCGGGAACUGCCAAUCAAAUCACCUGCUGCUACUGGUCUACGAUUAUUCGCAGGUGUUUGAGUGUGUGUGCCGCUUCCUUGGACGUGCGGAGAGAGAGAGACCGAGAGCAGCAGCUGUUAUGAGACUUGGAGCAGCUCAACUCUUCAUUACACACUGUCAACCUCCUGGACCAGUGAUUUCCCAUCAUCUUGAGGCCAGGAUAGCGGAGGCCCUGCCCUUGCUGCUAACCAGGGUAAUGGAGGCGGUGCGAAGACAGAUGGUGGAGUGUGACUUCAGUCCAGAGUUUCUCCAGAAACUUCAAGGUUUCUACCAGACCCUCCCCCUACCUCCCAGCUGCAUCGCUCUGAGAAACAGGCUGUGUGUUCUCCCCUGGUCAGAUGUCCUGCUGGUCUCAGUGUUAAAGGGACAGAACGUGACGGGGAUCCGCCCGGGAAAAGGGAAGAAGGAGCCGCUGACUGAAUCUGCCGCUGUUGUCCUGCUGAGAACUGAAACAUUACAGAGACUCAACAGUGUCCAGGCGGUGCGGGAUCUGAUCCCUCUCUUCCUGAUGAAGGCCGGGGACUUUAGCUCCGCCCUCUCCUCCUUCUUCUAUCCGCCCCCUGGGGUCUGCUGCCCCGUCUGCCGCCUAACGCCACGCCUCUUCACCCUCUACCUACGCAUCAUCACCACGGCAACCGCGCCCAGCGUCACCGCUGCCAUUGCAACGCAGCCCCUCUCCCCCGACACUCCCUGGGAGGAGGUCAAAGGUGCUGUGGUUCCCAGGCAGGUUGAGGUGGUGAAGUUUGGCCUGAGGGUUCUGAAGAGCAACAUGGCUGUCUACAAGGACUCUCAGAGUUGGGCAUACUUUCUCCACGUGCUCAAUUCUCCUGCUGGUCCUCCUGACACUGCCUUUCUGACGGAGGCGAGAAACGUUACCAUGGAGAUCCUGCUGAACCAGGGAUCUCUGGGACACCUCAUCCAGAUCCCACGGACCUUCCUGAUGGUGUAUCCAGACCAGGCCCUGUUGCUGUUGGUAACUCAGGCUCUGGCGCUACGGAUCCUCCACGAACCUCUGACCCCAGCUCUACCUGUCCUCAACUAUUACAAGGGUCAUGUGUGGGCCUUGAGGUGGCUUGUUGGGUUCCUGUCUUCGUCUCCUGGAAGACUGGAGUCCUUCCUCAGAGGGGUAGCAGUGGAGCUGCACAACACUGAUGGAUCCCAGCUGUCGCCCUCCUCCUUCCCUUCUUCCUCCCUCAAAGACCAGCCUGACCCCUUCUGGCACUACUACCUCACAGACUUUAUCAGAGAGACUCUAUCUGUAAUCCCGGACUGCAGCAGACUGGACCUGGAUCAGACUGGAGUGUGACUCAGACUGGAGUGUGUGUGCGUGUGUGUGUGUGUGUGCGUAUGUAUGUGUGUGUGGGCGCGUGAGAACGUCUCUGAACACGUGGAAGCAACGAAGAAGAGGACAAUGAUAGUAUAAUAAUGUGUUUAUCUGACUGUUAAUAAGACCUUUUGUGCCUUUUUCUUUCUACAAAUAAACAGAUUAUUUUAUUUAUCCG